UCAUCUUCCAUUUCUGCACUAUCAUUUAGGAGGUAUAAAUAGUGGCGGUACUUGCAUCGAUUGCCAUUACGUUUUACACGACAAAGCCAACCGAGAAAACGACAUCAUCUGAAAUGGGUCCACGACUUGGUCCUUUGCGAAAAACCGGAUAUCCUAACAUCAAAUUCAAAACCAAAUGCAACCUUUUAAAACAUUCCGCUCACUAUGUUCCUCUCGGUAUCUGCGCCUGUCAAAUCAUGAACAGACGUCGAAAGUCUCCUGGAAUACUCAAAAGAAGGAUACUCAAAAUUAACAAAAUGCGACUCGCGGAAAACAAGAAAACUGCUAAACAUGUGAAGAAGAAGAAGGGCACGAGUAAAGCAAAUGUUCAGUUUGGACUUGUAAACGCGCAUUCGCUUCUUAAUAAAGCGGACGACCUGGAAGAACAAAUAGUAAGAUUUAAACUCGACAUUGUUGCUGUUACAGAGACCUGGUUCGUCGAUGAUUCCGAUAUGAAAGAGGCGUGUCCUGAAGGGUUUAAAGGUGUUCACGAGCCACGAUCGGACGGUCACGGUGGAGUAGCUAUUUAUUACAGAGAUUACAUCAAGCGCUCCGUCAAACCGUUGAAAGAUUACGACUCAUUUGAAUACAUUGACGUUACCCUCACCAUCAGUCCAAGAGACAAAAUGACGCUCAUUGUCAUCUACCGCCCAGCUGGGAGCAAAGCUGACUUUCGUGAAGAGUUUGAAGAAUUCUUGGACAGCGUGAAAAGACGAGAGAAUCUGAUGAUCGUUGGCGACUUCAACCUGCCAUAUGAAGACAACGUUGAUAGGGAAUUUAUGAAAAUAAUUCAAUCGCACGGCCUCAAACAACAUGUCAAGGAUCCAACCCACGUAAACGGCGGAAUUCUGGAUUUGAUCUUGUCACGACCUUCCGACUCGUUGGUCAAAAACGUUCGAGUCGGUGAUUUGUUUAGUGAUCACAAAUUUGUCAGGUGUAGGAUCGAGAUCAAUUGAAGAAACAAGUUAACAAAUCUAAGAGGAAAGUGUGGUCUAGACAAACGCAACAGUGCAAUUCAAAAUUUACUACCCCAAACUAAUCCAACCCAAAUUCUACUUUACAUAAUUUUUAAAAUCCUUGAUUAUUUUUAUUCUAUCUCAUUUUAAUUCCCAUCUUAUACAAACUGCAUUAAAACUGGAUUAUGCCAAAGCCCUAACUUCAAUUAAUGAAUUUGGAAAAAUCGACCCGACUUCCAAACGAAUCAAAUUUGAAAAACCGACUUUGAUCGACCUUGUUAACCCAAAAGAAAAUAAACGACUAUAUACUACAUUUUCUAACUAUCUUGUAGAUUGUGCGUAGAUAAGAAGUACUGUACUGCUCAAAAUUGGGAAAUUGAUAGUCUCGCCAUUGGAAAUGUCGUGUCAUCGUGAAAUACGAGGAAUAGCUUAUUAGAAUAACCUUGAGGUUGGGACGUUGGGUUCAUCAACCUUAACUGUUGUAGGUUACUAAAAGAUCGAAUUUGAAAAUGAUUACCUGGAGUAACUUUCGAUUUUUGGGAAGAAUUAUUAUGUGAAGACACUUGUCAAAGCAGAAACUUAAUGUAUACCUAACUUACAUUGCGAUAUGCAUAUACAUAUGAUACCCACUUCAUAAAUUGAAUCAUUAUUCUUAUCUUAAAGAGUAAUAAAUAGGAAA